UCAAUAUAAUCAAUGUGUAAUUUAAUAAGUUGUUUAUAUAAUCUGUGAAUUGUGAAUAUUUAUUUUGUUUUGUAAUUUUCGUUAAGUUACAUAUACUUAAAUGGUUUAAAAGAUUUUAAGUCAAACCUCCUAUGAAUAAGAAAUUAAUAUCUUUGGUUGAGCCUGACCAGUAUUCAAAUUUUGUCUCCUAUCUAAUUUUAAAAAUAUUUGUGGAACACGAUUUUGUGUUUUAGCUUUAUUGAACAGAAAUACAAUUAUCUUUGUACAUAAUGGGGAAAAAGCAAGUUGCUCAAAGAGUAAAAAACAACUUAAAACCGUCAAACAGUGCAAGAACCCAGUUGUUAUUGAGUACAACUGAUACAUAUUCAGCAAUACCAGAUAAACUCAAAUUUCCAUUUGCAGAUGUUUUAGAUUGUAAUGUUAGUCCAGAUUUUCAAGUAGUUUUGAAAAGAUUGAAUAAAAAAGAUUCUACUACUAAACUUAAAGCCUUAAAAGAAUUUGUAACAUUAUGUGAUUCUAAAGAUGAAGAAACUGUUAAAGAAGUAUCAGUUCUAUGGAUUACUCAUUAUGUAAACUUGUGUAAAGAUAAUGAACCUCGUAUACGUGAAUGUACUCAAAAAGCUAUGCGAUCAUACUUAAACUGUGUUCAAAGAAAUGUAGCUCCAUAUCUCAAAAGGUUUUUCGCUCAUUGGUUUGUGGCACAAUUUGACACACAUCCACCUACUGCAUCUGUUGCAACAUCUAUGUUUGAGAACACUUUUCCUCCAAAUAAAAGAACUGAAGUUAUUGUAUUUUGUCAAAAAGAAAUUUUCAAUUAUUUAAUUGAAAACAUUACUAAUCCAGCUUUAUUAAAUACUAAAGUUGACUCAGAUGAAAUAAAAGAAAUGCAAAUAAGAACUGCUACUAGUUGUUUGUAUGCAACAGCAACAUUCUUAAAUUCACUUCCUGCUGAAAAUAUUGAAAAUAUUGAAACAGAAUUGAAAUCAAUGUUGUUAACUAAUUCUACUUAUUGGAAAUUAAAUAAAUAUUCAACACCAAGUGUUCGACAAGCCUGGUAUACUUUAUUAUAUUCUAUACUUUCUAAAUUACAAAGAUUUUUACAAGAUGAAUGUAAAAAAGUGGCCUUUGCUGUGUUUGAUAAUGUUGACGAAGAAAAUAUUACUGUAUCAUGUAUAAUUUGGAAAAACAUUUUAAUUGUUUUAUCUAAACCCGAGUUAAUUGACUUUUGGUUACAAUCAAAUGCUGAAAAAAUCUUCCUUCCAAAACUAUGGAAGGUUUUAUCAUGUUCUAAAGGAUGUAUUUCAUCAGCAUAUGAAAAUAUGUUAGAUCUAUGCAAAGUUUGUCCAGUUAUGAGUACCAUGUCAAAUACAGAAUUCUAUUUGAAGUGUAUUAUUUCAAUUAUACAAGGAUUAGAAAAAAUGUCUACUCGUUUUGACCGUACUAACUUUGUUGCUGGUAUUGAAACUCUUUUCAAUUUUGUUACUUAUAUUUUGAGAAAUAAUAGUAAAAAUGAAACUUUUGGUAAUGAAGUCAUUUCUGAAGUGUUAACUUUGGUCAAGUUUAGUCUUACUGGAAAGUUAGCAAAAACAAUGACACCACCUGUUAUAUCUCAUUUAGCAUUAUUUCUUGAAUUUUUAAGAAAUGAUAAUACAUUUCACAGUUUAAAGAUCACUAUUUGGGAUAAUUUAAAUUAUCUUUUAAUUGGAAAUGGUCUUAAUGAAGAAAUUAUUUUUGACAAUAUAUUGAGUCAGUUACAAGUACACUUAAUUGUUUUAAAUCAUUUGAAAAAUCCAGAAGUAAAGAAAAGAAAAAAUUUAAGAGUCAAAUUUGAAGAAACUGAAGAAGUAUUGUGUCCAGUAAAACAGUUAUUUAAUGAUGAUUAUAAAAAUGAUUUGAUCGAUUUUAUUAAUGUUGUUUUAAAAUUUUAUUUAAAUAAAACUUCAUGUUUUGAAGUAGGACAUCUAUAUGCUAAUCAUGUGUGUCAAGUGCUAUUAAUAUAUAAAGACUAUGGUAUCCAUAGUAAAUUAGCUCAAAUAUUACCUAUCACAGAUGAUGAAAAAUUAUCACCACCAUUUAGGCUUUAUGUUAGUUAUGUCAAAACAUGGAUAGAUAAUGAUAGAAUAUUAACAUAUAAUUCAAUAUCCCUGAUUAUUGGUUUAUUAGAAAUUAUUAUUAAUGAAGAAGAAAGAUCUAUUAUGAUAAAUGAUUUAAAUCAGAUUGGAUUAGAUAUAGUACUUAAAGAAAUAAUGAAGUAUAUUAGUGAAGGAAAUACUUUACCUUUAGCAAUUUGCAGUUGGUUGGAGUCUAUUCCAAUGCAAAAUGAGUUAAAAAAAUUUAUAUCAACUGAAGUAGAUGAAAAUAAAUCAAAUCUACUUAUAAAUUGUUUGAAACAAAAAGAAAAUACAGUAUGCAAGAUGUGGACAAAACUUCUUUUGGAAACUGUUCAUACAAAUCCCACUUCUUCUUUAGUUACAAUGUUGAAACAAAUAUUUGAAAAAAAUUUGAACGAUAAAUUAUUUGUUAAUUCUCAUCUUGAUGUUAUAUUUAACACAAUGGAAUGUUUGAUCCGAACUUUUUUGGAAAAUACACAGGAUGGUGAUUGUAGAGAUCAGUAUGAGCUUAGUGAAACUUGGAAACUUGUGUUGAAGAAUAUGUUGGACACUCACGACUAUGAAGUAAUAAAGAGGUGUAGUUCGGUUAUAACAGAUUAUGUCAAAAUUAUGGGAGUUGAUAUAGAACAUGUAGAAAGUUCAGUAGAUCAAUUUGUCAAAGAUUUUUUGUUAUGUACCAAUCAAAAUAAUUUAUCUGUUAAACUUAUAUUUGAGUUGUUAAAAUGUGCAAAUAGCAUUGAUCACUCAAAAGCAAUUAAAUGUUGCGAGUUAGCGUCUUAUAUAGAUGGAUCAUUAUUCUACACAGGAAGUAAUAAGAACUAUAUAGACACAAAUGGUGAAUGCUUUGAUACGGUAUAUGCAUUGUAUUCACACAUGUAUGUAUUUAUAAAACAAAUAUUAAAAUUUUACACGGAAUCUGAACAACCAUGCAAUCAAUCUAACUAUGUAAAUGAAGAAUUUGUCAAUAUUAUGGCCAAUACAAUAUGCAAUGUAAAUUUGGUUGCUGAUCUAUUAAAAUAUUUUUCUAAUAGAAAAUACUGUUGUAAAAUCAAAAGUGGUAUUUUUGAAGAUACUAAAACAAAUAUAGCAGUUCUCUUACAAUCACAACCAAAAAAUGUGGCUUUUGACAUCAUAAAUACAAUCAUUGAGAAAACAAUUAAUGAUGGACCCUAUUGGAGUAAAUCAUUGGAAUUUGCAUUGGAUAUGUUGUCAUUAUCAGAAGAAGAAUUAAUUACCUUAUAUAAAUCUGCAAUGUUAAAAUACAGUGACAUUCCAGAUUUCAUACAUAUUAUUGUGAUUUUUGUGAAUUUUUGUGGUAUGAGUAACUUAGAAUAUGAUCAUCUUUCAUUAGCUGAUACGCGAUGUGUUUGGAAUAUGCAUUUAAAAAAAAAAAAUAAUAGUGAAACAGUUUCUCAAAUUCAAAAAGUCUUGGAUUCUGAAGAAAAAUUGCUUAUCAAUGAUGAUGAGUUUUUGACAGAAGAAAAGAAAACUAUUGAAUCGAUACGUAACAUUGAGUUCUUAAACUUAGUUUUCCUUUAUACCGAUAAUGCUUCGAUAAUUUUAAAAUACAGCAAAAUAAUAUUUAGGCGUUUAGAAUCUUUAAUGUUAAUUCUAACCAAUGUAAUAGAUAUCGAUGGAAAAAAAUAUUUACCUGUUGGAGUAAUUACUGCUUUUUUGGGCUUAUUAUUUGAAAAUCUGAUGAAAUUCUAUCAUGAAGAGAUUUAUAAACAUGUCCAAGAAAACAAUGAAAACCUUACAGCAUUUAAAUCAGAUACAAAAGUUUUACGCUCUUGUUUGAUGAAAAUUUGGAUAAAGUUAUCUAAUGAGUAUAAUAAUUGUAUUCAUGAAUUAGUGUUAAAAUCAUUGAGCAACAGUAUAAAAUACAUAGAAUUUGAGGAAAUGAACCAAGAAGAUUUGUUCAUUCUUUGUUCAAACUUGAUCAAUUCAGAUUGUUAUACAAUUGAAAUUACUGCUUACAUUAUUUUGGAUAGAUUAUGUGAACUGCGCAAAGUCUUGGUGGAAACUGACACUGAAACCGAUCAAGUACCUUUUGAACUGAGCACAUUACCAAUGCAACAACUUCAAAACUUUGUAACUACAAUGUUAACAGAUAUUAAAAUUGGGAGUACAUUCGAACCCAAACCAUUUACAGUAGAUUUCAAGAAUACUAGGGUGUAUUUAUUGUUAUGGAAUGUAAUAUUUAAAUUGUGUUCUAAACUAGAGUCUCAAGAACGAUACAAGUACAUCUCUCAUUUAAGCGACGAUAACUCAAUUUCAUGUUUGAUGGAAAAUUUGUUAAAGUUAAUGCCUCAUUCUAUUAUUAAAACCUAUGCUAAUAAUGAUGUCAAUCCAAUUAUCAAAGAGCUGUUCAACUUGCGACCUAGCUGCACACCAUCAGAUUAUUGGAACAACAAAAAAUUAUGGCAUUUAGUGUGCUGGACAUACUACAACCUGUUACAUACAUUGCCAGCAGUUGUACGCAAAUGGUGGAUGAAUAGCGAACAUAAAGUGUCUACUUUGAUUGACAAGCUAACAACCAAAUAUGUAUCACAGAGUUUGAUAGUUCAAGAGUUUCAAGACAUUAAACAAGCAAAAAAAAUUGACAAUAUUGUUGUGAAUUUAUAUGAAAGCCGUGGUAUUCUUGUUGUGUCAUAUAUGAUCGAAGAAAUGGCUGUGGACAUUACCAUACAGAUGGCCAGUAACCAUCCGUUGGGCUUGAUUAAAGUCAGCAGUGACAAAAGCAUGAUUAACAUGUCUCAGUGGAAAGUGUGGUUGAAACAACUGGCACUAUUCUUUUCUCAUCAGAAUGGUUCCAUCAUUGACGGUAUAUCCUUGUGGCAGUUAAAUAUUACAAAGAAGUUUGAUGGUGUUGAAGAGUGUUGCAUAUGUUAUUCUAUACUGCAUAAUUCCAAUUAUCAGAUGCCCAAGUCAGCAUGUCGUACAUGUCACAAGAAAUUCCACAGCUCGUGUUUAUAUAAAUGGUUUGUGACAAGCAACAAAUCCACUUGUCCUAUUUGCCGCAAUCUUUUUUAAUUUGUAAACCCUUUAGUUUGAUUGUUACCCGUAAUUAUUUAAUAAAUAAAACUAUGUUUUUAUACAAUUUA